AUGGAAAUAAUACCUAAAUUAAUUAUUAUUUUUGUGAUUAGCACAAUCUAUGUUCAAGGAGAAAUCUCUCCAGCAAAAAUUAAGAAUGAUGCGGCAAAAAUGGCUGAAAUCUAUCGGAAGUAUAUGAUGAAUUCUCCAAAAAACACAAUUCGUGGCAUUUUUCAAGCACGAUGCUUUACAAUAGGUUUGUGUUGCGAUAAGUCAAAAAGUCAGGUGUUCGAUAUUGUUGACAGUCAUACACUUGAAGAUAAAUGUACUAAUCAUCCAGAACUAAUGCAAAGUACAUAUGGAAAACAAUGUUCAGAUGAGAAAAAGUCAUUGGAUACGAUUAAAAAAAGUUCGGAAUAUGCUCGAUUCUUGAAGCUUCAUAGUGGAGUUCCAGGAAGUGAUCAACUUAUCAGAAAUUGGCGAUCACAAAUGAAGAAAGCAUGUACUGCAGAUGAACUUACAUACUAUUGUUGUUAUCCAGAUGCUAUGUAUCCAUUUCAGUUAUGUCAAGAAAAAAUGUUACAAUCACUCGCUAAUCAAAAUGGUGGUAAAAAUUAUGAUGGUUUUCUUCACAACUGGAUCAAUGAUUUUACCACAUUUAACGAAAGAAUUGCCAAAGAAUUUCCAAAAUCAACUUAA